AGCACCGAAAUGAAAUUACUUUGUUCAACGGGUGUCGCAUCGCGGACAUCAGCUGACGUUUCUGUUGCAUCGCACGAAGUUUGAAAAACUAGACCAACAAUGAGGGAAUGCAUUUCCGUCCACAUCGGCCAGGCCGGCGUCCAGAUCGGCAACGCCUGCUGGGAGCUGUACUGCCUUGAGCACGGCAUCCAGCCCGAUGGGCAGAUGCCGUCGGACAAGACAAUCGGCGGCGGCGACGACUCUUUCAACACUUUUUUCAGUGAAACCGGAGCCGGCAAACACGUGCCACGCGCCGUCUUCGUUGACUUGGAACCCACCGUUGUAGAUGAAGUAAGAACUGGUACAUACCGACAACUCUUUCAUCCGGAACAAUUAAUAACGGGGAAAGAAGAUGCCGCUAAUAACUACGCCCGUGGGCAUUACACCAUCGGCAAGGAAAUUGUGGACGUCGUUUUGGAUCGCAUACGUAAAUUGGCGGAUCAAUGUACCGGAUUGCAGGGAUUCCUGGUAUUCCACUCAUUCGGCGGUGGUACCGGCUCUGGCUUCACCAGUCUCCUCAUGGAGAGACUCAGCGUCGACUACGGAAAGAAGUCCAAACUCGAGUUUUCCAUUUACCCCGCCCCUCAGGUCUCCACCGCGGUUGUUGAACCCUACAAUUCCAUUUUAACCACUCACACCACUCUCGAACAUUCCGACUGCGCUUUCAUGGUGGACAACGAGGCCAUUUACGAUAUCUGCCGACGAAACCUGGAUAUCGAAAGACCAACCUACACCAAUCUUAACAGACUGAUCGGACAGAUUGUAUCGUCCAUUACCGCAUCAUUACGAUUCGACGGUGCCUUAAACGUCGAUCUGACAGAAUUCCAGACCAACUUGGUACCAUACCCCAGAAUCCAUUUCCCAUUAGCCACCUACGCGCCAGUCAUUUCCGCCGAAAAGGCUUAUCAUGAACAACUGACGGUCGCUGAAAUCACCAACGCUUGCUUCGAACCGGCCAAUCAGAUGGUCAAGUGCGAUCCCAGACACGGGAAGUACAUGGCGUGCUGUAUGCUGUAUAGGGGAGACGUCGUCCCGAAGGACGUGAACGCCGCCAUUGCCACAAUCAAAACCAAGCGCACAAUCCAAUUUGUCGACUGGUGCCCUACUGGGUUCAAAGUGGGCAUUAAUUACCAACCCCCCACGGUCGUCCCAGGCGGCGACCUGGCAAAGGUCCAGCGUGCCGUUUGCAUGUUGUCCAACACCACAGCCAUCGCCGAAGCCUGGGCUCGUUUGGACCACAAGUUCGAUUUGAUGUACGCCAAGCGGGCGUUUGUGCACUGGUACGUCGGGGAAGGUAUGGAGGAAGGCGAGUUUUCUGAAGCCCGGGAGGAUUUGGCCGCUCUGGAGAAGGACUACGAGGAAGUGGCUGUCGAUUCUAUCGAAGGCGAGGGCGACGAAGGAGACGAGUAUUGAAUGCGCUGUUGGGAUGUCAAUCACGUUUUUAAUAUUUUAAUCGUAUUAUAUUAUUUAUUACUAAUGUAUUUCAUCUAAUAUUGAUGCUUUUGUAGUUUUGUAUGAGUAAAUUAUUCAUAUUACGAAUGAAGGCACUUUUAUCUUAAUAAAACUUUGCAGUA